AUGAUAGGUUUUGAGGUUGUGGUUCUCGGAACAGUGCUAGGAGCGCCAAAUUCUGGUAAUCACAUCGAGAAGAGGCACAUUUGUGAUAUUUGUGGGAAGGGAUUCCCGUACCACUCCAUUCUAGAGUCACACAAACGCUGCCAUACUGGUGAAAAACCUUUCAAUUGCCAUUUUUGCGACAAGAAAUUCGCUCAGAAGGCAACUCUGCAAGUGCACGAACGAACUCAUACAGGAGAGCGACCGUACAAGUGCCGCUACUGUGAAAAGACAUUUGCCCAGUAUGGCACAAAAACGGUACACGAGAAGAGCGCUCACCUCGGAAUUCGAAAUUACAAAUGCCCCAAAUGUGACAAGUGUCUCUCUUCGCCAAGUGCCCUUUACACACACAAGAAGACCCACGGAGAAAAGACGUUUCAGUGUGACUUUUGUCCGAAAACAUUCACGUUAAAGAACUAUCUGAAACUUCACGUGAAGCAGGUCCAUGAACAGAAUGAGAGGAAGCAUGUAUGCCGAUUUUGCGGCAAGAGUUUCGCCUAUGCUGGCAGUUUACAGGUCCAUGUCAGAACUCAUACGGGUGAGCGACCAUAUCGCUGCAGUUAUUGUCCGAAAGCGUUUGCCAGUCAGGGCAAUCUACAAUCGCACGAGAGGACGCAUACGGGCGAAAGGCCUUACUCGUGUAGCACUUGCGGGAGGAGCUUCAUUCAAGUGAGGAAAUGUGUUUGCUUAGUUCUGAAAGGAAUUUCGUUACUCCACCCAAACCCACACAGUCCCAAAUCGUUAAUUAAUUAUUCGUGA